UAUGAUCUAUGUAUCUGAGCAAUACGCCGUCGUAUAAUCACCAUUUUUUACCAAUGCGAUGCAGCCAGACGCCCAGAAGGCCAGAACCAAACAAAGCCAUCUUUCUCCAAAAAUUCAAAACUCAAAUUGGAGGGAGAAAGACAAAGCAAAAUCCUGCAGGAAAAGAAAAUAAAAAGGGACAGUCACAGGCUCACAGCUUUCCUUGCCUCUCUCUAGAGUCUAGUCUAGUCUCCUUUUCUUCUUCUUCUCCAUCUUGUUAUCCUGUGGCCUACCUGCAGUUCAACAAUCGACUUUGCUUUCUGCUAAUUCGCUGAAAAUGGGGGAAGUCCUGAGCCCUAAUCCGGCGCAGAAGCAGCGGCUUCCCCGAAUUCAGUCCCCAACUAGCCCGUUCUUCCUUGGACCCAACAACGACCAGCUCGAGCGAGCCCAGGCUCGCGCUAAGCGCGCCGCCGCUGUCCGCCGGAUGUCCGUCGCCCUCAACGCUACUCAGUCUCUUCCCUCCGACGAUUCCUCCGACCCCUCCUCUCCCUGCCUCGACAAGCAGCAGAUCCUCGAUCUCUUCCAGAACUGCAUCAAACUCGCCAGCGAAAAUAAAAUCAAUCAGAAGAAUACAUGGGAUUUGACCUUGAUAGACCACUUGUACGACAUUAUAAAGGUGGAAGAAGAUUCGGAGACCAAUUUUCAGAAGGCCAGUUGCACCCUCGAAGCUGGAGUGAAAAUAUACUCGAUGAGAGUGGAUUCAGUGCAUUCCGAGGCAUACAAGGUCCUUGGCGGGAUUCAUCGAGUGGGUCAAGAAAAUGAACAAGAUUCUGUUUCUGGAGAUGCCAGUGCCAAUGUUGGACAAGAGACUGGUCACAGGAAGAAGGAGACGGAGAAAAAGAUAUCGCCCUUGUCAACCCUGGAAUCAUCUUUUGAGGCACUUAACGUGAAGAAGUUUGAUGCUGCAUUUGCUGUUGAUCCCCUCUAUCAUCAGACAUCUGCGCAAUUUGAUGAAGGUGGAGCGAAGGGUCUGUUACUGAAUAACCUUGGAGUAUAUGGUGGAUGUCGGGUGCUCUUCGAUUCACAGGAAGUACCAGGAAAAUGUGUGUCGUCUGAGAACCAGUGUGGCAGGGUCGAGUUGAUUGACCUCUCUUUUGCUAAAGAUUGCAUUGACCAAAUGCUCCUACACAUGCAAAAAACGAAUGAAAUUUCACCAACUCUCAGUGAAAUUAUUAGUCGAUUUGAUGAACAUAACAAAAGGCCAGUAGAUACAUUUUCUUCCCACCUGAGACCAGGCAGCCAAAUGGAUGUAGAUGACGAUUUUAGCCAAGAAACUGAAGCUGAGCCAGGUGGUGAUGCAUUUGAAAAUCAAGAGACUUGGACUUAUGAUCAUGACGAUCACCAAAGUGUUGUUGAUGAUGAUAUGGAUAAUCCAGAUGCCAGUAUUCCUAGUUAUCAUCAGGAAAAUGACGCAUUUUCUUUUGAAAACUUUGAUAUGGAUGGCAGGGCAGAUACAAUUGAUACGUAUUUGUUGCACAGUUUGGGUUUCACAUCCAAACACAAUGCUUGGGCAGGUCCUGAUCAUUGGAAGUACCAAAAAUCAAAAGGGAUGGAGGAUAAUCCCAAUGGAGAAGAAGGGCCACAAGUAACAACCAAGAAACCAAAGACCAAGAAGCAAGCAGAACCUGACAUUGAUUUCACAAAAUCCUUGGACGAAGAACUGCUGGAUGUCUUUGCUCCUCCAAAGAAUCCCAAGUUACUGCUGCUACCAGCAAACCGGGCAGCCUCCAACACAAAGUUGCCCGAGGACUGCCACUAUCAACCGGAGGAUCUUGUUAAAUUGUUUCUUUUACCCAAUGUCAUGUGUAUUCGGAGGAGAGGAAGAAGUUCCAGAGAAGAACCAGAGCAGCAAUCUGAUGACUAUGAAGCACAGCCUUCAUGGGAUGAUGAUGGUGGUGAAUUUGGUGGCCAGUUUGAAGAUAUGGAUGCACACAGUGAUAUAGAGAACCCUAAUACACUAGUUUCUCAACCUCGGCAGGUUGCUAAAAUUGAAGUAAACUACGAUAAGAGGUCAAAGCAAGUUGAUGUCCAACGACUGAAGGAAACACUUUGGCAUCAUAUGCAAGAAUCUUCCCAAUCAUCUCUACAGGUCCAAGAAGAGCCAGCGUCGUUCAAGGACCUAUUGGCAAGCUUUCCAAAUGACUGCAAUGCUGCUGCAACCAUCAACGAUAUAUCGCCUCAUCUAUGUUUUAUAUGCUUAUUGCAUUUGGCCAACGAGCAUGGUUUGAGCAUCCAUGGCACCACCUCCUUAGAUGAUCUCAGCAUCCAUCUCCCCCAACAGAAAUAGAGUAGAGAGUUCCAGAGACCAACAGUGAUCUUGUUUGUACUUAUAAGAAAUUCGUGUAUGAAAGUUUGGUUUUGGGAAAAUGUUUGUCUGGUUGUAUUGUAGUGCUUGCCAAUCAUAGUUUUGCAAAUUGCUGGUGUAAUAUAAGACAGAGGGUCGACGAAAGAUGUAGGGUGACAUAUACGUCAUUUGCUCUUUGUGUUAGCUUUAUGGCAAGCUUUGUUUAUGCGGCACAUACUGUUGUUGCUUUCUGUUUGUUUCUUCCCUAAUGUCAUUUGUAAUUUCAAAAUUCUCUAGAACAACUUUUUUUGUGGAAGAAAAAGGAAAGAUGAUGUUUUACUUGUGUGAAGUGUGAACUAAGGACAAAUUACAUGAGAAAAUUGUUUACAUUAUGUGAGAAAAUGGUCUUACUAGCAUAAGUAGUAAAGGACAAAUUAUAUAUAAAAAAACCUAAAUUACACUAUUGGUCACUCAAAUUACAUGAAUCUUUCACAUUUGUCACCUAAAUUAUUUUUCUUUCUUAUUGUCCACUAACUUUAUGAAUCAUUUCACCGUUACUCACAUGCCGUUAGUCUCUGUCACACUCCGUUAACUCUGUCAAUUUUUUGAUGUCGUGACAAACAAAACAGGUGAUUAGACCGUUAAGUUAAUUACAUGUCAAUUAAAAAAUAAAAAACAUAAUUUACCCCACCUUCUCACCGUCGGAGCUUGCACCCACGUCCUCUCAGCUUCACCGUUGUCGCCAUCUGAAUAAGGCGAGAAUGACCUCAGGGGAGAGCGACGACGACUAGAUCUAUUGCCUUCCCUCCCAUUUCCUUCUCUAUACAUAGCAAUAGAUGUUCCCCUGAAAUACUAUCUGCCCGCCCUACCGGAAUUAAUUAAUUGCCUUGUCAGCUAGCUUGGCGUCGUUGAGCCGGCGGGAGAGGAGGGAGUGGAUAGAACGGAACCGACGGAUGGAAGAGUCGACGGAAUUAGCGCGCUGGCGGGGUGGCUGUUAUUCGUGAUUCGUGAAGUUCUUAGAGAUGUGAGAGUUAGCCGAUUCCUGCAACUGCCUCGCCUCUUUAUACCUCUUCUUCCACCUGGCUAGCGGACACCUCCUCCGUUGAAUUGUCGCCGUCGAUUUUGACUCUGGCUGGCGUCUUCUGUUUCUUAAUUUUUCAUCUCCUCCAUCUCCCUUUCUCCGGUGAAAGGGUAGCGCAUCAGAUCUGAAUCGAUCAGCGACACAGAUAACUCAAACGGAGUAUUGGAAUUCACAGAGCCUUGCGAAAGCUGAGGCAGGAGAAGGAGGCUCUCAUCUUUGUCAUCCACAUUUUCACUGCUCACUAAUGUCAAAUCCUCCACGUCACUAAGAUCACUGUUGUACGGAUGAUGGUAUUCUCGUAGGGAUCACCAUUGCCACCAUGCCGUGAAAAUGCUAAGAUGCUAGCGCUUCCUUCAUCUCAUACUAUCUCUUAACAGUGGGGAAGGUAGGCACAUUUAAGAUGGUUGGUCUCUCUCUAUCUCUAAAUACACUUUCUCUCUCUAUAAUACUUGUCCAACUUGAUCGUUGGAGGUCUAAAGGGCCUAAUGAGCCCUUUGGUGAGUUGAGUUGUGAAGGCGCUUGGGCUUGGAACCUACAAAUGGAGGUGCAUUGGAGGAAAAAUAGUACCGUGGCAUCAACAAAGGGGAUUCAAUUUACUCUAAUAAUGUUCUUAAGAACCU